AUGUUUUCUCAACCUCAUUCCUCGAUGGAGUCCUCAUUUUCUCACCGGCGAUCCGUCCUUAUCCCAAACGACAGCUUGGGAAUCGAGAAUGGGACAGUUGGAGCCGUCAGAUUCGGACAAAACAACAGUUUCUUGGCGCCACAACCUCCUCAGAGGUUUCAGAAUCCAACCGGAGAUACAAACGAAUCAGACUCCGGCCCGAGUUUCUUGUUUGGCAACCGGAAUGCCCAGAAAAGAAAGAGUUUGGCUUUGCAAAGCCGAGCACAAGGUAAGUGUUUUGUUUUCAAUCUUUUUUUGUUUAGGUUUGUUGGUUCUUGAUGUAAAAUGGAGUAUUUUAGCUAACAAGAGUGUUCAUUGGAGUCCCAACUUGGUCCGUGCCCAGGAAACUCCGCAGGAAUCUGGUUUAGGGUCAGCUGCACCAUCACUUCACCGAAGGGCAACUGUGGCCGGCCCUCACUCCUGGAAUGCUCCACCCGCUUCCAUGGUGAAAGGGCCUCCGCUGCGGUCUAUGUUGAACACGGAACCACCGGCAAAGAUGCAACGAGUCGAUCAGAAAGCUGCUAUCAAGGAAGCCUUCCAAUUCGAGGGAACUUCGGAUGAUCCUGCGGAUUACUGGGUGACUGUCUUUGGGUUUGAUCCUGAACACAAAGAUAUGAUUCUGCCGUUGUUUUCGCGCCAUGGAACCAUUGCUAGCCAUAAGGUGAGUUAUUUGUUGUCAAUAAUGAGCUUAAAGUGUAGUGUAAAUUAUCUUGUUUAUUGUUGUAGAUUCCGCCUAAAGGUAAUUGGCUCCACAUCCGUUAUUCGUCGGUCCAGCAUGCACAACAAGCGUUGCAGAGAAAUGGCUUUGUUCUAGAUCAGAUUGUUAAAAUUGGAGUAGAAAGGUGCAAGGACAAGGUACGGUUGAUCUUUUUUCUGUUAUUUUUGCUUUUAGGAAGUGCUAUCGGAUGACACCAUGAAUCCAUACAAUACCAGUACUAAUAACAUCCCGGAUGUCUCUUUUGAAGGACCAGGAGGGAGUGAUACUCUCAAUUCCAGUAGAUUUUCGCUGAACCAAUCGAUGAACUCGGCGGCGAAGUAAGUGGUUUUUAAUUUGUAUGAUUCUCAGUGGGUUUUGAGGCAAUGUAGAUGCAGAUUGAGCUACCGGAAUAACUUAGAAUCAGAAAAAUUCCCGGGUUAGUCCUACGAGUUUACUUUUUCCAUUCUUCAAUUUUAGGUAUAAUUUGAUAAUUUUUAGCCGUUCUCGACUCUCUGCCAUCUCCCGAUCAGGUAUUCGUCGAGCUUAUGAUGCCGAUACGAGUGUAAGUUUUAAUAAUAAAUGUUAUCUAUACAGCAAGUAUAAUAUAACUUAUUUUUAUUAUUGUUUUUAUUUCAGCUAAACACGAGCAAAAAGGACGACUCGUUCUUAAACAAAUUGUGGAGUUUUGUCGCACCACAAUAA